ACCACUUUUCACAGCAAAAUAGUCGCUCACGAAUGCAGAUAUGGCUGCUGUCGUCGGGAGGAUAUUAAAAAAUGAUUUGGUACGAAAUCAAUUAGCAUUUAGAUCUCAAAAGCUUAAGUUUUCAAGCUUUCCAAGAUUUGCAAAUAGUUCAAAAAAGGUACUUUCUAUUACUGGAGUGGGCAUUGCAGGAGCAGCAGGCUUGUUAUAUGCGUUCAAUGACACACUGAAGGCAGGUGAUUUGGUUGUUCACCCGGCAAAACAUCCUUGGAGUCAUAAUGGGCCGAUCAGUGCGUUAGAUCACGCAAGUAUACGAAGAGGAUAUGAAGUAUAUAAACAAGUAUGUUCUGCGUGUCACAGUAUGCAGUAUGUCCGUUAUCGUGAGUUAGUUAAUGUGUCUCAUUCUGAAGAUGAAGCAAAGGCUGAAGCAGAAGAGAUACAAGUGUUAGAUGGUCCCAAUGAAGAAGGAGAGAUGUUCAAAAGGCCGGGAAAACUUUUUGAUACUUUUCCCAGCCCGUAUGCUAAUGAAGAACAAGCUAGAGCAGCAAAUAAUGGUGCUUAUCCUCCUGAUUUGAGUUUAAUCACGAGUGCUCGCCAUGGAGGAGAGGACUAUGUGUUUGCACUGCUGACAGGGUAUUGUGAUCCACCAGCUGGAGUGGAAAUAAGGGAGGGAUUGUAUUACAAUCCUUAUUUCCCAGGACACGCCAUUGGUAUGGCUCAAGCCCUAUAUAACGAAAUUAUCGAAUACAGCGAUGGAACACCUGCUACCAUGAGUCAGUUGGCGAAAGAUGUUUGCACGUUCCUCAAAUGGGCUGCAGAACCAGAACAUGAUACAAGAAAGAGAAUGUUUAUAAAGGUAAUGGUUGUCCUCUCACUUCUCGCAGGUGUCAGCUAUUACUACAAAAGGCUAAAGUGGAGCACACUUAAGAGUCGAAAAAUUGUAUUCAAACAGAAAUAAAUUAUAUAAGAACUGCAAUCAUUUGUUUAAUUUAUGUUGUACCUAAAAAUUAUUCCUUAUAUAUAUCAUGAUGUAUUUACAAAUAGAAACAAUAGAAUCAUGUAGAUAUCAAACAAUUAAAAGUUCUGGUUUUAAUAAAAUUUCAUUCUUUAAAAAGGGUUA